AACAUGACAGCUCUCAUGGGCCUUUCUCUUCUCCGGUCGUCGACCUUCGUUUCCCCUUUCUCCAUACCCAAUCACCAGCUUCCGCCACGCUCUCAUAAACCUUUCAAGCUCCGAUGCUCUGUCGCCGAGGGCCCCACAAUUUCCUCUUCGAAAAUUGACGGUGGAGAAUCAUCCAUCGCGGAUUGCGUGAUCGUAGGAGGUGGUAUCAGUGGACUAUGCAUUGCUCAAGCUCUCGCCACCAAGCACCUUGAUGUCGCUUCCAAUGUGAUUGUGACGGAGGCCAGAGACAGAAUCGGUGGCAACAUCACUACCGUUGAGAGAGAUGGAUAUCUGUGGGAAGAAGGACCCAACAGUUUCCAGCCGUCCGAUUCCAUUCUGACCAUGGCGGUGGAUAGUGGAUUGAAGGGCGAUUUAGUUUUAGGUGACCCUGAUGCGCCGCGAUUCGUACUAUGGGAUGGGAAACUAAGGCCUGUACCCGCCAAGCCAACUGACUUACCGUUUUUUGAUUUGAUGAGUAUUGGUGGAAAAUUUAGAGCUGGAUUUGGUGCUAUCGGCAUUCGUCCUCCACCUCCAGGUCAUGAAGAAUCAGUGGAGGAGUUUGUGCGUCGUAAUCUUGGUGCUGAGGUUUUUGAACGCUUGAUUGAACCCUUUUGUUCAGGUGUUUAUGCUGGGGAUCCAUCAAAGUUAAGCAUGAAAGCAGCUUUUGGACGGGUAUGGAAGCUUGAAGAGAUUGGUGGUAGCAUCAUCGGUGGCACUUUCAAGACAAUCCAGGAGAGAAAUAAAACACCUAAGCUACCAAGAGACCCGCGUCUACCAAAGCCCAAGGGCCAAACAGUUGGAUCUUUUAGGAAGGGACUUGCCAUGCUGCCUGAGGCAAUUGCUACUAGUUUGGGUAGCAAUGUAAAAUUAUCGUGGAAGCUCUCCGGUAUUACCAAAUUGGGAAAUGGAGGGUAUAGCUUGACGUAUGAAACACCAGAAGGAGUGGUCUCUCUUCAGAGUAGAAGUGUUGUCAUGACCGUUCCGUCUCAUGUUGCCAGUAACUUGUUGCAUCCUCUCUCGGCUGCAGCUGCAGAUGCACUAUCACAAUUUUAUUACCCUCCAGUGGCGUCAGUCACAAUCUCAUAUCCAAAAGAAUCUAUUCGAAAAGAUCGCUUGAUCGAUGGUGAACUUAAGGGGUUUGGCCAGUUGCACCCUCGCAGCCAAGGAAUUGAAACUUUAGGGACUAUAUACAGUUCAUCACUUUUCCCCAACCGAGCUCCACCUGGCAGGGUAUUGCUUUUGAACUACAUUGGAGGAGCUACCAACCCUGGAAUUUUGUCCAAGACUGAAGGGGAACUUGUAGAAGCAGUUGAUCGCGAUUUGAGAAAAAUGCUAAUAGAUCCCAAUGCAAAGGAUCCUUUUGUUGUGGGUGUGAGAGUAUGGCCAAAAGCUAUUCCCCAGUUCUUAGUUGGUCAUUUGGAUCUCCUUGAUACUGCAAAAACUGCUCUCAGGGAUUCUGGAUUCCAUGGUCUGUUUCUUGGGGGCAACUAUGUAUCUGGUGUGGCAUUAGGACGAUGCGUGGAAGGAGCUUACGAGGCUGCAGUCGAAGUGAAGGAAUUCCUGUCAAAUUAUGCAUACAAUUAGUAUCGCGAUUUAAGUUGUCAGACUGCAAAUGAAGAAAUCUAUUGUUGGGUAGUAUCUCUUCAGCUAAAAAGUUGGGUAGGGUUUUGUUGUUAGUUCCUUGAUUGCUUUAGGAAUUUUUUUUAUUAGAAUUGUGGGAGGCAUCC